AUGAACAAACGCAAGCAUGAUGAGGAGGCCGUCAUGCCGUCCACCUCUAAACUGUCCAAGCAGCGCAAGCAGUUGAAGAAGAUCCCAAAGCAGCAGCGCGUAGGAAACUUUAGGAGUUAUUACACGUAUCGACUCGGUCAAAAGCACCAGGGCGAACUGGAGGACGAUCCGCGUCUCUCUGCACUAGACAAAAGCUGGUUUGAAGGCAAACGUGGGAUGGAUAUCGGCUGUAACUCCGGGGAAUUUACAAUUACCAUCGCUAAACGACUAGAGCCAAGUUAUCUGCUUGGAGUUGACGUGGAUCCGCAGCUCGUUUCGAGAGCUAGAGGGCAUUUGAAGGACAUUCUACUACAGAAUCAAAUCGAAAAGGCCUUUGUUAAGAUUCCAGCAAAGACAGACGCAAACGACGCGUUUGCCACCGAAAUGCCGCUGUCUUUUAAGCUGUGGAAGCCGUCGAUGCAAACACAAGCUGCGGUACCCCGUGCCAUUGGCAAAGCUGCAGUCGGGUACUUCCCUUUGAACGUGAUAUUCAAGCGAGAGGAUAUCGUAUCCGAUGCUCAUGCCGGCAAAGACUACGACUUCAUCACGUGCUUUAGUGUCACAAAGUGGAUCCACCUUUUCCACGGUGACGAAGGCAUCAAGAAAGUGUUCGCUAAGAUUUACGAGCUGUUGACACCUGGUGGUCGUCUCAUUCUCGAGCCACAGCCGUGGAAAUCAUAUCACAAGCGGAAAUUUACGUCGGAGGUGACUGCCGCAAACUACCCCAAGAUCCAGCUACGCCCCAAGGACUUCCCCAAGCAUCUCGUGGAAUCCGUCGGCUUCCGUACUUGCAAGUUUCUAGAAGUCUGUCAAACAUCCUCCAAGGGUUUCCGGCGACCAGUCUACGUUGCUCAGAAAUGA